UUGAGACUGAGGCCUGCUGACCAAUCGCGUUCGUCAAGGGUGGCUUUUUGAAAACGUUGGCGGCUGAGGAAGUUGAAAACUACGAAGACGGUGCUUAACACGUUGGAACAUUAACACUACGUAUCGUCGUCACGAUGCAGAAUAAGGAAAAUUAUGAACCCAGGGGUUUCCAAAGACCAUAUGCAACCCCCAGCAUUGUGACAGGCCCACAGCGGGUUCAGGUGAAGCCAAGAGCAGAAAUGGAGAAAAAUGCAGUCGCGGGGAGAGAGUGUGUUGGCUCAUCCUCCAGUUUAACUACAAAGAAAGUCACCAUCGAUGACUUUGACAUCGGUCGACCGCUGGGGAAGGGCAAGUUUGGUAAUGUCUACCUUGCGAGAGUAAAGAAGCUGCAGGCCAUCGUUGCACUGAAGGUGUUGUUCAAGUCACAGAUGGAGAAGGAGGGUGUGGAGCAUCAACUCAGGAGGGAGAUUGAGAUUCAGGCCCAUCUUAAGCACCCCAACAUCCUGCGUUUCUACAAUUAUUUCCAUGACCGCAAGAGGGUGUUCUUAGUACUUGAGUAUGCCCCACGUGGAGAAUUGUACAAAGAGCUACAGAGAUGUGGAAGAUUUGAUGACCAGCGCACUGCCACAUACAUGGAGGAGAUAUCUGAUGCUCUAAUGUAUUGCCAUGAGAAGAAAGUGAUUCAUCGUGACAUCAAGCCAGAGAACCUGCUUCUCGGCUAUCGUGGAGAGCUGAAAAUUGCAGACUUUGGUUGGUCUGUUCAUGCACCUUCUCUACGACGUCGCACCAUGUGUGGGACACUGGACUACCUCCCUCCAGAGAUGAUUGAAGGACACACCCACAGUGAGAAGGUGGACCUGUGGUGCAUUGGGGUCCUCUGCUACGAAUGCCUAGUUGGCAACCCACCUUUUGAAACUGCCAGCCACUCAGACACGUACAAACGGAUUAUGAAGGUGGAUUUAAAGUUCCCCAAGAUCGUCUCAGAUGGUGCCCGGGACCUGAUCUCCAAGCUGCUCCGCCACAACCCCAUUGAUCGCCUCUCACUGCAGAGCGUCAUCGACCAUCCAUGGGUGCGCUCCAACUCUCACCGGCUCCUACCCCCAACCUUCCCUGCCAAGAAAUCCUGAGCCCACCUGCCCAGCCUUCUCUCCCUAUGAGGGGUGUUUUAUAUCCUCCACAAGAGACUCUGGGUCAGCAUGAUUUGGUUUCACUGCCACGGGCUUUAAACUGCCAUUAUUUUGGCACAUUUUAUGAUGGGUAUACAUUCAUACCCACUUUUUAUGAUGUAUAGUGUGGUGGUAUUAUCUGUCUAGUUCUUUGUCUAGUGGGUUUUGUUAUUUUAUUGUCAUAUCUUCUGAAACUUUUUUAAAAAUGUUAAAAGUUUUGUAUUUCUGUAUCCGAUGGUGCUGACUCCAAAGUGCUAUUAGACUGCCUCACGCUGAAUAUAUUCUCAAAUAGUUUAAGAUGUGUUUGAGGGAAGGUGUGGAAAGCAUGUUUUAUUUUUCUCUCAAGCCUGUACUUCAAAAUUCUAAUAAAUGUUAUAAAUUAA